CAGUCGACAUGAUAAGGGAAUGCCUGCAUUUUCUAAUAGAGCCGGCCAAAAAGCUGAAAAUCCGACUUAAGGAGUCACGCAAGAAAGUGAAGCUUGAUAAGAAGGAGCCGCUGUUGGAAAGUCAGUUGUUCAUUAUGGAGUUGGCUCGAGAGCUCAACAAAAUUUGCCAGAGAUCGAACGUGCUGAGUCACAUUUGGACGGGCGAGGACUUGUGGGCGCCCACUGUCUGUCGGGACUUCAUGGUGGAGUGGUCCUCUGAGCUGGAGAAGCAUGUCCAGCCCAGGAGCAGGUCUGAGUGUGAGCGUCCAGAGAAGAGGGACUGGAGGGAGCAGCUGCUGUGCAUGCUGGAGUCUGGAGGAGAGGGGGACAUGGGGGCACACCGCAGAAUCAUCCUGGACUGGAGCAGGCAGAUCAGGAGCAGCCCUGAGCCCUCAGUGUGGCCUGGGGAGCCUGUGCUGAUGAUGUUGGACGACCUGGAGUUCCAGUGGAAGAGAGGACGUCUGCCCACACUACUGCCCGCCAUGGAGCUGGUCCUCCUGGCUGUGAUCAAUGGACACGCUCCCAUCAAGGGGGACGUGCCUAAGCUGUGGCUGCAGAGGACCCAGAGCAGGCGCUCUGUGGAUGCACUGCGCUAUGUCCCUCAUGGCGUGUGGAACUGGAUGUGUGAGAGGGCAGAGGAGGUGUUCCUGGACCCAGACUCAGCCCACGCAGAUCUGCUCCUGUCAGAGGGAAACACGAAGAUGCGCUGUGUCCCAGAGCGGGGGGCCCAGCAGAGGGAUAUGCCCUGCUGCCCACAGCGCUUCACAGGUUGGUGGUGCGCUGUGGCCCAGGAGGGUUAUACCUCAGGCACUCACUACUGGGAGGUGGAGGUGGGGGACAGGGACUGGCGUGUGGGCGUGGCCUGUGAGUCUGCGGUGAGGCGGGGUUAUCGAGCUCUGAACACACAUACAGGGUUCUUCACUUUGCGUCUGGAGAGGGGCUCUGAGCUGAAGGCUCUCACUGUGCCCCCCACAGCUCUGCCCCGCAGCCUGGCCCCUCGCACCUUGGGUCUGUUCCUGGACUAUGACCAGGGCCAGCUGUCCUUCUAUGACGUUGACAAGCGCUCGCACCUCUACACAUUCAGCCACAACUUCUCUGAGAGAGUGUUCCCUGUGUUUGGGACUGUGGAGGUCCUCCGAGACCUGGUGAUCAGACCUGCACAUGCCCGGCAGCCCUGCCUGUGUCCUGGGGCCUGCCUCUGGACCUGAGCUCCUCAUGGACUCUUCAUGUAAGGGCCUUGUGCAUUGUGUCAGUCCUUCAUACCAGCUUCUACAUGUGCACCACACACUGCCUUCAAUCACCUUUUGUACCAUGUGUAUGUCCCAUCAGCCUUGUUCUUGUUCUAGACUCAGAGUGUCGUAGUAACUGACAGUGUUGUAGUAAAUAUGUUCUUCUAGGACUUGUGUGUAAAAGAACAAUGAGAAGAUGUGGAGCCAGCUCACAGCAGCAGAUGAAUGUAGUUUGUGCUUAAGCAGGUAACAGACUGCGCUAAGGCAUGUGACUUGUUGUUUUAAUCAUACAUGAC